UUUUCCUUUUUCAGUCCUGUUCUUUUCUGUUCUAUUUUUAUUUUAUUUUUUUGUUUUGUUCCUUUUUUUCUCUUCCAUUUGAUUUCGUUGUUUAUCAGUUUAUCUGGUAGACUUCGGAAGAGUGUUUUUGGUGAUUUUGACCAACUUGUCACCACCUCUUCCAUCUGAAAGUCUACACCGAGCUACCGGGUCUCCAGCCGGGCAGUAGCUCACUAUGCUGCAGGCUCUCUCAGCCAUGCAUGCUGAGGAGGAGACCCGCGUCGGGAAUUAUCGGUUCCUGACGACCAUCGGAAAGGGUGGCUUCUCUCAAGUCAAACUGGCACGGCACCUGCCCACCAGCCGUGAGGUCGCUGUGAAAAUCACGCGGAAAAGCAAGGCCGACUCCACCAGCCUCCGCUUGCUUUCACGAGAAGUAAGCAUCUUAAAGACAUUGAGACACCCGAAUGUCAUCCAGCUCUUUGAGGUCAUCGAGCAUGACGAGUCGCUGUACCUCUGCAUGGAGUACGCCAAAGGAGGAGACCUCUUUGACUACCUAGAGGACCAAGGCCCUCUGGGAGAGCGGGAAGCCAGAGCCAAAUUUAGGCAAAUGUUAUCGGCCAUAUAUUACUGCCACAGAAAAGGCAUUGCCCACCGGGACCUAAAACCCGAAAACUUGCUCCUGGAUGCCAGCGGGAACAUAAAAGUAGCCGAUUUUGGGCUAAGCAGCCCCUUCAGCAGCGGCCAGAUGCUGGCAACCUUGUGCGGCAGCAUCCCUUACGUUGCCCCUGAAAUACUGCUGGGAAGGAACUAUGACGGCCCCGCCACCGACGUGUGGAGCUUGGGGGUGAUACUCUACACUAUGGUGAGCGGGGAUGAGCCCUUUGAUGCCAACAGCUUCCGUGACCUGCGGGAUAAGGUACUGACUUGGCAGUUCUGUGUCCCCUCAUACCUUUCUGUGGACUGUGCAAUCCUCAUAAAAAAAUGUCUUAUGGUAGAUGCCAGUAAGAGAGCCACCCUCCAGAACCUAAUCACUGACCGUUGGGUAAAUUUGGGCUAUAAAGAAGCAUUAACGCCCUAUGUGGAGCCCCUCCCAGAUUGCGAAGAUGUGCGGCGCACUGCACGGCUGCUGUCAAUGGGGUACAGUACCGACAAAAUCAGGGAAUCCCUAAGCAAAGAACAGUAUGACGAGAUCAUGGGCACAUAUCUGCUAUUGGGCAGUCAGGGGCAGGAGGACUCUGCCAUCACCCUGCAGCCCCAGCCCUCACCUGUUCAGAAGUGCAGUCGCUCUCCAUCCCCCAACCACGAGGAACAUCAAGGUGUGUCUGCUGAGCACAUGCAGCACAGAUACAGUGAGCCCGUGAUCCUCCCCUCAUAUUCCUUCCUGAAAAAAGGACAGGAGGACAUGCAGUUCGAGUCCAGGAGGAAGGCCUGGAGCACAGCCAAUAUUCCUGCCAGCCCCCUUCCAGGCCAGGACGGGGGGAAGCCCACCACUGUCUCCCCCAGAAGCGGUCAGCCAUGCGCUCUCCAUCCUGUAGAGAGGAUCAGGCUGGAGCAGGCCGUCAUUCAUGAGGUCAGUGAAAGACCAAAGGUAGCAGAGGCAGGAGCCUUCAGAACCAGUGCUGCAUCCGUGGAAGGCCUGUUCCCGCUCCCCCUGCCCCAGGAACCCCUGAUGGACACGGUGCAGCCCAGCCCGGCAUCAGGGCUCAGCCCCAGGGAGAAUCCCUCGGAAGGGCCCCAGCCCAGCACAGGCCCCCAGCUCGGCCCUGUGGCCUCACCCUCUGCCCACAGCAGCUGCAGUGGGGAGGGCCACCCUGAAAGGACCAGUUCCCCCCGAGGUGUUCCCUGGGGAAACUCUGUUUCUGUGGGGCAGCGCCACUUAGGUGAGCAGCAGAAUGUUCCCUGUGAGGCACGGCCAGCCUCCCCUUGUGGUGACAAGCAGGGCAGGCGAGGGGCUAUGAGGAAGUUCUUGCAAUGCAUCUGCAGGGGUGCUUGCUUGGGAUGUGCCAGGGGGAAGCAAGAGCGAGGGGAGAGGAAAUACCAAAAGGAGAGAUUCUGUCAGGAGGAUCAGCCACGCUCAAGGUAUUUUAAGUUAGGGAUGAAGAUCAUGAGCUCCCUGGAUCCACAGGAGAUGCUGGGUGAGAUCUGCCGAGUGCUCGAUGCACUGGGCUGUGAGUGGGACCUGACCGGGAGCUACAGGCUGCUCUGCAUGUGUGGGACACCGGGCCAGGAGGACUUCGUUCAGUGGAGGGUGGAGGUCUGCAGACUGCCGUGGCGGGGUCUUCAUGGGGUCCAAGUGAGGAAAAUGUCUGGGACCUCCAGGGCCUUCAAAAACAUUGCCGCCAACCUAGAGAAAUGGCUUCAGGUUUAA